GUCGAUGCCCGACGAAUGCUCAUCACACCGCUUCUCAGACGCAUAGCGACACGUCAGACAGCAGCAGCAGUACCGGGAACACAUCUCCAAGCGCUUCGUUUCCGAACUACAACAAGGACCGACAUCAGGAUCAGGUGUACCAGUAAUUGUGUUGUUCCUACCAAUCCUAGACGAGCAACGGCUGCGCCUAAUUCAGGAUCAAUGAUGACGACGCCGCAUUCAACCAUCAUCGAGCAGGUUGGCGAGCGGUUUGUGAAGGCGCGUGAUGCGGGUGACUUGUUGUUCUUCCCGUCGACUGUACAUGUACAUGAGGAAGCUGGUGUGCAGUUUCAAAUCCGCUUGUGUCCUGCCCUACAAAGCAAGCCGACAUUACCCACGCCGCAUUUUGAUUCUGAUGCAGAGGCACAGCAACACGGUGUACAUCGAGUUGACAAGCAGACUGGCAAGCCUGACCCUUUUGCGCCGCCUUACAUUCCCAAUUUGCUGAUUGGCGAGCUGCGCGAUGAGGAAGAGGGGGAGGAGUUUACUGUUUUAUUGAACAAGUAUUCGGUUGUACCGAAUCAUUUCCUCUUAGUGACGAAAGAGUACAAGUCCCAGGCCGGUCCACUCUACCCUGCUGAACUCGUCCAAACGUACCUGCUUCUCGACGCUGCACAGCGAGUAGGAAAGGGCUUCUUCGCAUUCUAUAACUGCGGAGAUGUUAGUGGUGCAAGUCAGCCGCAUAAGCACAUUCAGUUCCUACCCGUAGACGAUGACGGACCUCCGAUCGAGAGGCUAGCCAGGACAGUGGAGUUACAAUCUGAUACGAAACCAUUCACGCUAAACUCCCUCCCCUUUGCAACUCACGUUCGUCGACUUCCCUCACUCUCUUCCAGAACACCGCGCCCCCAACUCGAGGAAGCACUAGAAACAGCCUUCGUAACGCUUCUCGACCUCGCGAUAUCAACCAUCCGACACGAUCCCACGCACCCCGCUGGAUCACCGUCUUACAACGUGAUACUCACGCGCUCGCAUAUGUAUAUCGUACCCCGACGGAGAGAAGAACACGUGCUUCGCGAGACGGGUGAUAACUUAAGUGUAAAUGCACUUGGCUUCGCCGGGUUGUUGCUUGUGAAGAGCGAGAGAGAACUGGAAGCUGUGAAAAGGGAGAGUGUGGUUGGGAUUUUGAGAGAUGUGGGACUUGAGAGCGUGCAUGAGGAGCAGAUCGUUGGUGCACACGAUACGGAUUUGUUAUUAUAAAAUGAUAGAAGCAAGAAGCCUGUAAUUUAGACUAUCUGACACGCCAAC